CAUAAGUUCAAUUAUGAGGAGUUUACCACACUACUCGCUCGUAUCGAAGCCGUUCUUAACUCUAGACCUAUCUCACCACUCUCGCAAGAUCCCUACGACUUCACAGCCUUAACCCCCGGGCAUUUUCUCAAAGGAGCACCCAUUCUGGCCAUACCUGAGCCAGGCGUGGAGUCGCUAUCCUUAUUAAACAGAUGGGAACGAAUUAAAAUUCUCCAUCAUGAUUUCAGCCGUAGAUGGAAGGAAGACUAUAUCAAGGACCUCCACAAGAGAUACCGCUGGAAAGUUCAAGGAAAAGAACCAAAACUUGGAGAUUGUGUCCUUAUACAAGACGAUUGUCUCCCACCUUCGGAAUGGCGACUUGGACGCAUAAAGCAGCUUCACUACAGCUCCGACGGUCAUGUUCGAGUAGUUGAUCUCCGCACCCAAACCGGAACGCUAACCAGACCGCUCGUCAAAUUAUGCUUUCUGCCAAACGCCGAAGAUAAAGAAACAGCAAUAUGGACGUAGAAAUGGCAUCACCAUCAACGCCAACUAUGCGUUCGGUUGUUCCCGCUCCGCGCCCUGGAACUGCCCCAAUCGCAGCACGCCGGACCACCAUUCCAACCGCCGUGCCUCAACCAACAACAGGCACCACCGCGCCAACGGCCCCGGGCAAUAGCAUGGCAUCAACACCAGCAUCACCCGCACUAACAGCGGAUUUGCAGCGCAUUCGAUGCCCAUUGUGUCGACGCCCGCAUCGACUAUCGCACUGCGGCAUUUUUAAAGGCAUGCCACCGAUGCAACGCCAACAAGUUGCACAGGCACACGGCUAUUGCCUAAAUUGCCUGGGAACUACUCACGCAACGCAGGAGUGCCCGUCCAACAAUCGCUGCCAAAUCUGUGUGCGUUCGCAUCACACGCUGCUGCACCGCACUACCAGACGCGACGCAGGGCGACAAGCGGCUCCUCGCACCAGUGAUAACAUCAGGCGUUCUCAAAGAGCCCCUUUGAUACAAUACCGCCGGCGUGGACCCCCGUCUGCAGAAUCCCGUCACUGGCAACACCGUGCCACAUCAGCACGACGUCAGCAGCCUAGGCCGCAAUCCCGCCGGUCAACAGGCCUCAGCAGCGUCGUAGCCACGCUACAGCAGUUACAGCGGCUUCUAGGCUAAACAUUCGCCUAGGGGGGCCGGGAUGGCUAAAUGAGUCAAAACGAAAAACACACUCAUAUCAUUUCACCACACUACAUCCACCUCAUCACGCCAGAGAACACUACACGUUAACACACACACACACACAUACAUCAAAACACGAUGACAGCAUACAAACUUUAACAAAAAGGAAUAGAAAGGAUAGCACUUCACCUUUCUUUUCGAUAACGUCGUUCGCAUCGCACCUCCGUGUUCGCAGCAUCCCGGUUUUCCGAUAUUUGGCACCCGCUUAUAUGUUUCAACAUUUAACAUCCAUUUUUAAUACAACCAUUUUUGUAAACUAAAAUCACUAACGAUACAUACAUUUAUCAUAACGUUGUUCAAUAUAAAUACAUAAAUAAUUCGUGAAUUAUUGUGUAAUAUUAUUAAAUUCAAUAAAUAUUUAUAACGUUUAUUCCGAAACAAGUGCGUUUCUUUCUUCCUUUAAAAAAAGGGAUUCGAUAAUCAAAAGUGAACAUCAA